CCGUACGGCAAUAACCACCAUAGUCGCCCUCAUACUGUAACUACAGACAAUAUCGACAUUCAAUAUGACGAAAUUUCCUUCGACAAUAGUGCAAGCGUUAGCAGCUUCGGCAUUUUUCUCUGGAACAUCACUUUCGCUGUCGCCAUUUUCUUCAAAAUCUUCCACGACGUCGGCCAAAACUACAAGCGCCAUCACCGACCUCAUGCAUGAAGCGGCAGUGGCGGAAACAGAACGACUCUUCCAAUUCUACAGCAGUAACGGAAACUACAAUACUGAAAACACAGAGAACAAUAAUUACCCAACAAAAAUAGAAGCAUCGCCAGUAAUUACGAGCCCACCAACGGUAUGGCGAUCUAGUGAGGAGGCUGUUACCUACAUCCGCGACAAUAUCGAUACUGUUCUUUUCGAUUGCGACGGUGUCUUGUAUCGAACAACAUCUCUUUGCCCAGGGGCUUCCGAAUGCAUACGGGAACUGAUGGAAAUCCACCACAAAAGAGUCCUUUUUGUAACCAAUAAUGCUGGUGUAAAUCGACGGGAACUCAGGGAAAAAUUGUCGCGGUUGCUGCGAAUCGACUCGUUAACAAACGACCAAAUGAUAUCGAGUUCGUAUUCGAGUGCACAAUACCUCAAAAGCGAACUCAUGGCAGCGUCGAAGGAAUUAGGUAGCACGACCACUGCGAGUAGCACCCCGCCUCGUGUCCACGUUAUUGGCAGCAGCGGACUGUGCGAAGAACUUGUGGCGGCCGGAUUCAACGUCACGGGUGGUCCAAGCACAUCAUCGCCCGAGCAUGACGAAUGCUGUAGCAUGAGCCGAGAAGAAUUGGCUGCCUAUGACUUCGAACAACUCCAUCCCAUCGAUGCCCUGGUGGUCGGUCACGACACCGACCUCAACUUUCGAAAGCUUUGCAUCGCAGAGAAUCUCUUGCUGCGCAAUCCCGAAGCCCUAUUUGUGGCGACCAACAAGGACUCCUUUGAUGUUGUAGAUGGGAACAACAACGAUUUGCGGCACAUAAUGGGAAACGGGGCCACCGUCGUAGCGUUGGAAUAUUCCUCAAAACGAACCGCGAUCAACGUUGGAAAACCAAGCAAGGAAUUGUUCGGAUUGAUCAGAAAUCAAGACAGUAGUGGUGCGAAGAAACCAAGCGGCAAUGUCUUUGAUGAUCCAUCACGUUGUUUGUUCGUAGGAGACCGUCUGGACACAGACAUUCGAUUCGGCAAGGACAAUGGGAUGAAAUCCCUGUUGGUAAUGACCGGGGUAACGUCAGCGAAAACUAUGGAAGAACUUGCGAACGGAACAGAGGAAGAACCCUUACCUGAUUUUAUUCUUCCCCAUGUAGGCAUGUUGAUAUGAUAACGAUGUGUUCGAGCUUACAGUGCAUGGCGUAAUGCAUGGUCAAAGGUCUCACUUAGGGAAUGGAUAUGGUGGGAAAAAGAAAAUCAAUCAUUCGUUUUCUUUUUAAUAGUUCUCCAUACUUAUUGUUCGGCCUUUUGGGUAACUCUUUGUAGAUGCAUGGACAAUUCCCAAUAAACCCUACUAUUUCUU